AUGGCGGCAUGGCUUGAUCUCGUCUCGGAAUCCACAGGCUGGACCUUGGUAGAUACGGGACGAAUGAAAGAACUAGUGCAGGGAAUGAGCCAUCCACAUACUCAAUUUCCUUCGGUAGUGUACUUCGCCGGGAACGGGAGUCGAAUCAAGGCGCUUCGCGCGCUCUUCCCUCACAACAACAUUAUUCGCAGAGGCCCAGCUGGUCUGGUGCGACUGCAUCUUAGCACAGGAACUGCAAACACUCAGAAUCCUAUCCUGUUGGCAGAAAGCAGUCUUUCCAAUGUUUCCGGGCUGGGUGAAUCAAGUCUGCGCCGCUGGUCAUCGGACAAUGUUCAACGUUAUCGCAUUCUCCAAGGCGGGACUCGGCGAGUAUUGGAUAUACAGCAGCAAGUCAUUUCUCAGAUGCUUUUGCCGUGGACAAAUGUCUUUUGUCUGUUUGUAGAUACUCAGUCUGACAUUCGCGACGCCUGUCAGCUGCUUAAGAGACCUCGCCAAACUGUCACGAUCGGCUCUCAGUCCAUUCCGGAUUUAAUGCGUACCGUGGUAAUUCUAACAGGAGCUCAAAACCAUGGAAUUGAGGAUCUAUCUAAAGCUUCUCAUGAACUGCAUGCCACAGACAGACUUAGUAAGGACGUGACCGUCCUAGACCUACGCGAUAGGCACGAAUUAUCCCCAACGGCAGCUUUUGAGCCAUUACGUCGUCUCAUUCUCAAUGAAAUCCAAGACAUCCGGGGGGAACAAAGCCGCCAAGGCCUUUCUUUCUCGGCUAUACACCUAAGCACCCUUUGGACGCGAACACUGCGUCUCGAACUUGGUACCUCGAAAGCUAGCGUCCUGGAUUGCCUUCAAGUUGCCCGAGAAAACCACCGGCUCAACAACAUUUCGACAGAAUGCCUGGUCGAGUUCAUUAAACAGGCAACCAGUUAUAUCCAUGCCAAAGAUGGAGUCCACGCUUUCAUUGCAUCGGCGUUAUUAAUGAAUGCUUACCCUCCUGGAAUGCAUGGCUUUGAUCCCGACCUUGUUUUCAAUAGUCUUUAUCGCAGAGGCUGUUUGGAAGGAUGGCGUAUAUUGGAGGAUGACGAUGAGCACCAACAUUGCAACGCCGUGUUUGAACAUUUUACGCAGUAUUUUCGGUCAAUGAGUCCAACACGUUCAUCUGCAGCCAUCAGGAAGGAUAUAUUGCGUAGCUACUACCUUCAGUGGAACGGUCUAAGUUCAACAACAACGUGUUUCUAUUGCUUAUGUCGACCACCAGAGCAUAUGUUGGCGUGCCGGCAUGCAAUUUGCGAUACCUGCGUUGUGGUUUUCGGUACACCCAGCAAAUGCGCUGAAUAUCACUUCGAUAUUAUAAAGUGUCCAUUAUGCUAUAAGCCUUCUCCGCUCACAUUUCGUCAGCUACCACCCACGAAACGACCCCUUGUGCUUAGUCUAGAUGGUGGUGGGGUCCGUGGCAUCAUUCAACUUGGUCUCCUACGUGCAUUGGAAAGCCGGCUUGGCCAUGGAUUAUGCAUACGUGAUAUAUUUAAUCUAAGUACAGGUACAAGCGUUGGUAUGCGGCAAUUAUCUAGUCAACCCCUCGGAAUACUGCUUUUGUUUUACCUUUCUCUUUAUGCACUUGGAUUAUCUGACCACGAAGCAGGAGCCCUGAACGAAAUAGAUCUGAUCCUGAAUGGCACCUCGGCCGAAGAUGGAUUCAGGAAAUUCCCAGCUUUUGCCCGAAAAGUCUUCCAGUUGGCCUCAGCGCCGUCGCAAAAAUUCUCAGUCAGUAGUUGCGCUAAAUGGAUAAAAUGUCUGAUCGGCUUUUUUGCAGAUGGCCAAUAUGAUGGAGAUAACCUGGAAAAUACACUUAAAGAGGCAAUCAAUCCAAUGCGACGAAUGUUUGAUGUGAGCACAACUCUUUCCGCGGGCAGUCGACUAGCUAUCAUUACAAGUCGCAUCUCCGAUGGGAAAGCUUGCGUGCUAGCAAAUUAUCGUGGUAUUGGUCAACGUGCGAUCGAUUCGGCAUACGAGUUUCUGAAACCAGAAGACGAAAGUCAGAAUCCUUUUCUUUGGGAAGUGUUUUUCCAAACAAAAUCUCUCCCCGGAUUUGGUCCAUUGCAGGACGGUGGAGUGCGUGCCAACAACCCUUUGGCAAUCGCAUUGAAAGAAUCCGCCAUUAUCUGGCCUUCACAUGGGACUCAUGACCUGGUUGUCUCAGUCGGUACAGGUCUUUCAAGCUCCGAAGCUAAGGCACAAGAUGCCCCUAUGGGGAGCAUCCUCAAGGACGGGGCAGUUCCACGCAUUAUCAGAGCAGCGAUGUCCUCACCGUCCAUGGAUGGUGAGCAGGGCUUCUAUGAGGCACUCAAUUAUGUUCCUGACCGGAUGAGAGCGCAUAUAUUUCGACUAAACCACGCUCUACCUUGGCCUUUACCAAGACUGGAUGAUGUGGGUAGAUUGGAGGAUCUUUCUGAAUUGUCAUACAGCGUCCCAGAUGAGCUUGUUCGUGCCAUACUAGCAACAGGGUUUUUGUUCUUUGAAUUGGACCAAACGCCCAUCAGAGACCAAGGGAUCUUCUAUUGUGAAGGUUCUAUUCUCUGUUCAAGUCCGCAUGCCAGCGAGCUGAUCAAAAGAGUGCUCGCUGAGUUUCCGGGACCUCGGUUCCAAACUGCAGGCGGAUAUCACCUUGGCCCGGUUAGCAACAAUGACGGGUGUUCUGAGUGUGGGUAUUAUCGCAAAAAAGUGGCUUUUACCGUUAAGAGCCUGGAAGAGGUUAUCUCAAUCGAAAUUGCCAACUUCACUUUUCAUCACAAAAUCGGUGGCUUUCCAAAGUCCAUGCAUGAUUUUCUCAAUGAGCAGCAAGUGUACGCAAAUUUCGGUCGUGCGGAUCACCUAACCGUUUGUUGGCCGUCAAACAGAGUAUGCUACUGCUCUCGGGGAACCAAACGCCGUGUCCAAUUUCUGGAGCCGUCUCCAGACAGAAAGAAAUGUCGACUGUAG